AUGACCCAACGCAUACACGCAGAUGAGCUACAUCUUCGCCUUUUCGAUCGAUGGUGCGAGCGACAUGAGCCAGGAUACGUCCAAAACUCGAACGAGAUGCUCCAGCGACGAAAGGACGCCCCAGAACCAGCCCUGGCCGAGGUAAGCAUACACACAAGAACCCGCCCCCCUCCUUCCCCCUCCCUCACUUCGAAUCCGAAUUCGAAUCCCAACAUCUCAAAUCCCAAUCCCAAUCCCAAUUCCGAAACGCCGAUCGCCGUAGUUAUGCUAAGCACGACUUACUAUAAACAGGAGCUCGCCAAGAUCACCGCAGCUCGACGACGACACCGGACACCACCCGAGCUGGCGCAGUUGGAACAAGAAGACAAGACCGAGCGUGAAUGGCUCGCGAAAUCAGACCAACGUGCCCGGGAGGGCGAGACCGAGAGGGAAGCCGAAGCCGCGGCCGAACCAGCACGCGAGAGCGGGACGCAAGAGUGGAAAGAGGCGCGGGGAGAAGCCGGGCCCGGAUCCCGCUGA